ACCUAGCUUCGGUCGCUGAGCGCGGAGCGGGCGGGCGGGGCAAACAAAGCAGCGGCGUCUCGGGAGGCCCAGACCCGGGACGCGAGGAGGGAACGACCCACCGGGCCUUUGUCUCGGGAGGGGCCGGAGCGGCAGUGGCCGCGGGGCGCCGAGAGCGCAGAAUGCGGGGCCCCGCGGGGCGGAUCGGGGAACGCAGCAGCGGCAGGCGGCUUGGGACCUGGCCCGGGACCUGUGGACACUUGAGUGUGUGAAGGGGAAUCCGGAGCGCUGUCCGGCGCCCGCCCGGGGGCCGCACGUGGGCGGGAGCGGCGGCCAGCUAGGAGCCCGAAGAAGAGGAGGAGGAGGAAGAGGAGGGGACGCUCGGCGGCGCAGCCGGGACCCGGGCCGCCCGCGCGAAGCUCCGCCCCGGCCGCCGAGCCCCUAGCGGGCAGGCGGGAUGCCCCGCGGUCGCCGCACUUCGGCUAGCGAGCUGCCCUGAGCGGGCGGGCCCAGGGGCCGCAGCAGGCGCACAGGCGCCGCGGGCGCCAUGGAGCAGUGGCGGCAAUGUGGUCGCUGGCUCAUCGACUGCAAGGUCCUGCCGCCCAACCACCGCGUCGUGUGGCCCUCGGCCGUGGUCUUCGACCUGGCGCAGGCGCUGCGGGACGGGGUCCUCCUGUGCCAGCUACUGCACAACCUUUCUCCCGGCUCCAUCGACCUCAAGGACAUCAAUUUCCGGCCGCAGAUGUCCCAGUUCCUAUGUUUGAAGAACAUCCGCACCUUCCUUAAAGUCUGCCACGACAAGUUUGGGCUGAGAAACAGCGAGCUGUUUGACCCCUUCGACCUCUUCGAUGUCCGAGACUUUGGAAAGGUCAUCUCUGCGGUGUCCAGACUGUCCCUGCACAGUGCUGCACAGAACAAGGGCAUCAGGCCUUUUCCUUCAGAGGAGACCACGGAGAAUGACGAUGACGUCUACCGCAGCCUGGAGGAGCUGGCCGAUGAGCAUGACCUGGGGGAGGACAUCUACGACUGCGUCCCGUGCGAGGAUGGAGGGGACGACAUCUACGAGGACAUCAUCAAGGUGGAGGUACAGCAGCCCAUGAAGAUGGGCAUGACUGAGGAUGACAAGAGGAACUGCUGCUUGUUGGAGAUCCAGGAGACCGAGGCCAAGUACUACCGGACCCUGGAGGACAUUGAGAAGAACUACAUGAGCCCCCUGCGGCUGGUGCUGAGCCCGGCAGACAUGGCGGCUGUCUUCAUCAACCUGGAGGAUCUGAUCAGGGUGCACCACAGCUUCUUGAGGGCCAUUGAUGUGUCCAUGAUGGCAGGGGGCAGUGCUUUGGCCAAGGUCUUCCUUGAUUUCAAGGAAAGACUCCUGAUCUAUGGCGAGUACUGCAGCCACAUGGAGCAUGCCCAGAACACACUGGCCCAGCUGCUGGCCAGCCGGGAGGACUUCAGAUUGAAGGUCGAGGAGUGCACACUGAAGGUCCAGGACGGGAAGUUCAAGCUGCAAGACCUGCUCGUGGUGCCCAUGCAGCGGGUGCUCAAAUACCACCUCCUCCUGAAGGAACUUCUGAGCCAUUCUACUGACCGUCCCGAGAGGCAGCAGCUCAAAGAAGCGCUGGAAGCCAUGCAGGACUUGGCAAUGUACAUCAAUGAGGUGAAACGGGACAAGGAGACUUUGAAGAAGAUCAGUGAAUUCCAGAGUUCCAUAGAGAAUUUGCAAGUGAAACUGGAGGAAUUUGGGAGGCCAAAGAUCGAUGGGGAACUGAAAGUCCGGUCCAUAGUCAAUCACACCAAGCAAGAUAGGUACUUGUUCCUGUUUGACAAGGUGGUCAUCGUCUGCAAGAGGAGGGGCUACAGCUACGAGCUCAAGGAGAUCAUCGAGCUGCUCUUCCAUAAGAUGACUGACGACCCUAUGAACAACAAGGACAUCAAGAAGUGGUCCUAUGGCUUCUACCUAAUUCACCUCCAGGGAAAGCAGGGCUUCCAGUUUUUCUGCAAGACGGAGGACAUGAAGAGGAAGUGGAUGGAACAGUUUGAGAUGGCCAUGUCAAACAUCAAGCCGGACAAAGCCAACGCCAACCACCACAGCUUCCAGAUGUACACGUUUGAUAGGACCACCAACUGCAAGGCCUGCAAGAUGUUCCUCAGGGGCACCUUCUACCAGGGUUACCUGUGCACCAAGUGUGGCGUCGGGGCGCACAAGGAGUGCCUAGAGGUGACGCCUCCCUGCAAGAUCAGUUCUCCAGCAGACCUGGACGCCUCUGGAGCAGGACCAGGUCCCAAGAUGGUGGCUGUGCAGAAUUACCAUGGCAACCCAGCUCCUCCUGGGAAGCCUGUGCUGACCUUCCAGACAGGCGAUGUCAUCGAGCUGCUGAGAGGAGACCCUGAGUCUCAGUGGUGGGAGGGUCGGCUGGUGCAAGCCAGGAAAUCAGGGUAUUUUCCCAGCUCAUCUGUGAAGCCCUGCCCUGUGGAUGGAAGACCACCCAUCAGCCGGCCGCCAUCGCGGGAGAUUGACUACACAGCAUACCCCUGGUUUGCGGGCAGCAUGGAGAGGCAGCAGACGGACAACCUGCUCAAGUCCCACGCGAGCGGCACCUACCUGAUCCGGGAGCGGCCUGCUGAGGCUGAGCGCUUUGCUAUCAGCAUCAAGUUCAACGAUGAGGUGAAGCACAUCAAGGUCGUGGAGAAGGACAACUGGAUCCACAUCACUGAGGCCAAGAAAUUCGACAGCCUCUUGGACCUGGUGGAGUAUUACCAGUGCCACUCGCUCAAGGAGAGCUUCAAGCAGCUGGACACCACCCUCAAGUAUCCCUAUAAGUCCCGGGAGCGCACUGCCUCCAGGGCCUCCAGUCGAUCCCCAGUGUUUACACCCCGGGUCAUCGGCACGGCUGUGGCCAGGUACAACUUUGCUGCCCGCGACAUGCGGGAGCUCUCACUGCGGGAAGGCGAUGUGGUGAGGAUCUACAGCCGCGUUGGCGGGGACCAGGGCUGGUGGAAGGGCGAGACCAGUGGACGGAUCGGCUGGUUUCCAUCAACGUAUGUGGAAGAGGAGGGCAUUCAGUGACUGCAGGGACACAGGAGACUUGCCAAUUUCCUCGGAGAGUUGCUCCAGCUCCAAAGUCUGUCUCUAGCUCCUCGUGACUCAGGGGGGACAUGCUCACUAGCUGUCGGUGGCCUACAGGGAUGGGGAGGGCAUUUGAAGUCCUAAACACAAACCGUUUCAUCAGCCUGCCACUGGGUACGCUACUUGUACAUAGAGGAAAUCCAGGCUGUCCCUGCAGAGCACAAGGGGAGGGCGACCUGCGAUGCUCUGAGCCCGGCUCGGGGUGCCAGCUAAGGCCAGAAGCUCAUUGCUUGCUGCCGUCUGGCUGAGUUGGCGUUCAGGAACCUUAGUCCAGACAACAGAUCUGUUCCCAGGAGGGCUGAGGACAGCAGAGGGGACCAGUCCGAGCCCCUUCUGCUGAGCCUCUGCACUCAGCCUGCCUGUUUUUCCUGCUGCUCCCAGGGGGAGGCUUUAGGCCUUGAGAGGCAAACGGGACCAGAGCUCGACUGUGCCCAGCCGCACUGUGCUUGGCAUGGAGAAGGGAGUCUUGCAUAGGGGCCUUGCAGUUCUCAGGCUCCCGGGGCUUGCCCCGACUUCCUCACUUCCCUCCACAUCAGGGUGUGCAGAGACCCCAGGGCAGACCCCCCUCAGGGGGGCUUUGCUGCAGCUGCUCCCUGAUCAAUGGUACUGUUGUCUUCCCUUGCUCCAGAAGGCCCUGCCCUGGGUGUUCUGCCCCAUGGCUAGGCAGAUAUAUCUUCUGCAGACCCUGAAAUGGGUAGGGAAGAAAACAGGGAUCUCCCCUCACGAGGCCCCUGCCACUCACAGGCCUGUCUUGAGUCCCCUUACCCUGCAGAGGGGUCUCUGAGGCUCUGCCCAGCCUUUGCAUGAGACGUCGGUUCUGGCAUGGCAGGGCUGCUGUCAGGCUCCUGCAGCCCAUGCUGGGCCUGUGGCCAACCCAAAAUAAGUGCUCUUGGGGGUGCUCCCCCAUCCUGACUACUCCUGGCCUUUGACCUCUGGCUAUUUAGCCAGACCCUAUUUUCUCUACCCUGAUGUUGCAUGAGACCUAGCGACACCUUCCCAGCAGCAAAACUCCUGGUGAGACCAGGUUUUCCUGGGCCCUCUCCACCUUCAGCCACCUGCACAGCCUUGGAGGAGGGAACUACACUGAGGCUGGGUAUUGGGGGGUUGGUACCUUUGGAGGGUGGGGCCUGGGCACCACACAGUACCCUGAGGCUCGUUCCUGAGGUCAGCCUUGUAGACUCCCAGCAACCUGGCACCUGGGAACAAGGUAGGGGGUCAGGAGGAUGGGUGUCACUGGGGGAGGAGACACCCUGCAAAGGUCGGAGAGGUGGGAGAACCUGAGGUGGAGGGUGGGGAGCAGGGCUUUGGGCUCAGAGAGUGCAUGCCCGAGCCUGUGUGUCGGUCGCACGGAGCACUUUGCCAGGGACCCUCGGCCCUGCCGCUAUGAGCCCAGGAUGGCCAGGGGGAGCCAGUCAGCCCCCUUUUGUGUUUACUGCCAGAAAGUUCUUGUGUGUUGGUUUUGGAGUUUUUGUUUCGUUGUGUUUUUGUUUGGCUUGUUUGUUUUUUGAGGGGAAAAAAAGAUUUAUAAUUAUUUCACCCAAAUCUCCAGUGAUGGACCUGUGAAUGAUAAGGAAGAGGUUUUUAUAAUAGCAAGA